AGCCGACAACAUCCGGAAGUGUAUUGUGCAGCAGUGUAAAGGCAGCCGCAGCGGCACUGUAUCUCUCACACUAGCGUUUCAGUGGUUAAUUAAAAGUCUGGCCACCACUUAAACUUUUUUCACCCGCCACCAUGUCCGUUUUGUGUUAUAAUAAGGGAUGUGGACAGCGAUUUGAUCCAGAAAAUAACCCAGACGAUGGCUGCACCUACCAUCCAGGAGUCCCAGUUUUCCAUGAUGCAUUGAAGGGAUGGUCCUGCUGCAAGAGAAGGACCACUGACUUCUCAGACUUCCUCAGCAUUGUUGGCUGUACAAAAGGUCCCCACAACAAAGAGAAGCCCCCUGAGCCAGUGAAACCAGAUGUGACGUCAUCAGGAGAAAAGAAAGACACAGAUGACCAAAAACCAAAGUUUGACGAGUACAUCAUCUCCGCACCAAAGCCUCAGGAGGCAAUACACAGACCAAGUGCUGAUGAGCCAAUGGUGAGAUUGCAGCAAAAAGUCUCCGCUUCCCUGAAGCAGGCCCUUGAGAGACUGAAGCUUUCCGAAAAUACAGCAGAGAAGAAAGAGGAAGAUACUGAUGAGAUCAAGAUUGGAACAGCCUGUAAAAACGGUGGAUGUAGUAAAAGUUUUGAUGGACCUGCAAGCGAUUUGGAUGUAUGCUUAUACCAUGCUGGAUUUCCUAUCUUCCAUGAAGGGAUGAAAUACUGGAGCUGCUGUAAGAGGAAAACCUCCGAUUUUAACACCUUCCUCUCUCAAGAGGGCUGUACCAGGGGAACACAUCUAUGGAGGAAAAAAGAUGCGGGUAAGAAAGUGGUCCCGUGUCGGUUUGACUGGCACCAAACAGGGAUGCAAGUCAUCAUCUCUAUCUACGCCAAGAAUUCCAUCCCAGAGCUAUGCUACGUGGAAGCAAACAGCACCACGCUCGACAUCCAUGUUAUAUUUGAGGGGGAGAAGGAGUUUGUGCAGAAAAUCAGUUUGUGGGGAGUGAUAGACGUGAGUAAAAGCGUAAUGAACAUGAUGGCCACUAAGAUCGAGAUCGCCAUGAAGAAGUUCGAGCCUAUGUCCUGGGCUCGUCUGGACCUUCCCCCACCGCCUCCACCCAAAGAGAAGGAGCAGGAAAAGGAGGAGGCUGACAGCGAGGAUGAAGAUGAAUGAUAAGGAAUUAAAACUACAAACAUAGUGUGUAUUUUUACCGAAUCCAAGGCCACACAGUCCGUUCCUUACCUCUUGAAAGAGUCACCUCUUUUGCUGUCAUGGAACUUUGGCCUCUUCUCUUCAACAUUACAAUGUUUCUCAUUUCAUUUUCAGUUGUUAACAUACUUGAUUUUGCACGUUUUUUUUUUAUUUUCUUUUGUUCUGUUCAUGUUUGUUUGUUUUUAGUUUGGGUCCUUUUUAUAGGUCGUUGUUGGAAUGCUAAAGAGUCAAGUAUUAUUAUUAUUUUUUUUUUUUACAACGGUCUUUCACUAAAGUAGUAAAUAAUAAUAUGGGCACUGACUUUCAGCAGCCCUCCAAUCAGGUCAGAUGAUGACACAAUUGUUAAUUGCACUGAAAUUCCCGGGGAAAUAACACUAUAGAUUACAAUAGGGAGCCAGAUGUGACCAAGCUUACUCUCAGACCUAUAAAGCCUUUCAUGUUGACUGCUCACAUCAAGUCAUCAUAACGGACCACACUUUGGACCAUCCUCUUUUUCAGCAAUGUUUGGUAAAAGAUUCAUUCCAUCCGUUCCUAAAUUGUUUAAAUUAUUUGUUUUGUCCACCAUUACCACAUCAGACUGAAUGCUGUCAUCCUAAAUGUAUCCCCAUAUAUGUGUAACAAAGACGCUGUUCUACGUAGUUCGAGUAGAAAAUUUGGAUCUCUAAAAUGUCCACACUUGUAUAAUACGGCAUUUAUUGUGAAUAAAUUGUGUUGUAAGAAAUACAAUGGUUCCUUGGGACUCUUAAGCUUAGGAAUUAAAAGUUAAAUCCCACCUUUUCACAGUUAAAAUAGUGGAUUUGCUCCAAAUUUGUUUGUUUUUUUACAUGAUUAUAACUAAUGUAUAUUUUGUACAAGUAUUGCUUCUAAAUGAUCACUGCUGUAUUUAUCUCCUGAUUUCUUGUCAAAGCAACAUAAUGCAUUUUUAGUAGUGAGAAUGUACUGUAAUAUCUGAGAAUGGCAAUUGAAUACCAAGUAUUUUAAACAAAGUACUGUAUCAUAAAAACGCUAUGCUAGACAGCAUGUCUCACGGCUUGGAAUGUAUGCGUUCAGUUUGGCUGAAUGAGACCAUGACACAAGAGUUAAGUCAUUAGGGAACCAAUUUCUCUUACCAAAAAUAAACUUUUGUGUUGAAACUUUUGAAA